UGGAGGGGGCCAGGUCCCCCAGCUGGCGGAAGGUGGGAAUUACAAGCGGCGCCUAGCCGCUCCCGGCGCUCAACCAGACUUUAUCAGCCUCUGGGCGCCGCCUGUCUCCUUCAGAGCGCCCUGUGUCUUGCUCCGUCCAGCCAGACGUUCUGCUCCUCUCGCCAGCAAGCAGGGACGUGGGUGGCCAUGCUGCACUGGGGAUACGACGAGCACAACGCACCGACUUGAGCAAGCAGGUGUCACGCUAGGGAGCCCCUGCAGGAGGCAACUCAACAUGGGAGAGUUUCUUUCACUCCAGAUGUCAAUUCCAAAUACUUCCAUUGAAGUCAGAGAUACUCAGGAUUUACACCUUUGGCCUGCUCGCUGGAAAGAGGUUUUCCCUGUUGCUAAUGGAGACCGUCAGUCCCCCAUUGACAUCCAAACUGAAGAAACCAAAUAUGACCCCGCUCUACCUCCUAUUAACCCUAACUAUGAUCCAACUUCUGCUAAAGUCAUCCUCAACAAUGGACACUCCACAAGUGUAGAAUUUGAUGACACAGAAAAUAAAUCAGUGCUGAGAGGGGGACCACUCAAUGGAAGCUAUAGGCUGCGCCAAAUUCACUUUCAUUGGGGGGCCAGCGAUGACAUUGGCUCUGAGCAUGCAGUGGAUGGAAAGAAGUAUGCAGCCGAGCUUCAUGUGGUUCACUGGAACUCGGACAAAUAUUCCACUUUUGUUGAGGCUGCUCGGCAGCGGGAUGGAUUAGCUGUCAUGGCAGUAUUUCUAAAGAUUGGUGAAUGUAACUCUCAGCUGAAGAAAAUUACUGACCGUUUGGAUGCCAUUAGAGCCAAGGGUAAACAAGCACUGUUCACAAACUUUGACCCUUCCUGUUUGCUUCCUCACUCUCUGGACUACUGGACUUAUCUUGGCUCUCUUACUGUUCCACCUCUUCUUGAAAGUGUCAUCUGGAUAAUUCUCAGAGAGCCUAUAAGUGUUUCCUCUGAGCAGCUAGCCAAAUUCCGCAGCCUUCUGUGUACUGCUGAGGGAGAGGCAGCCUGCUGCAUGCUGAGAAACUACCGGCCACCGCAGCCUUUAAAGGGACGGGAAGUCAGAAGGAAUUAAGGAGUAAAGCAAGAAUCAGCCACUGCUGAGACCACUUAGGAGGCUGAAUUAGUUUUUAAUAAUAAUAUAUUUUGUGCCUAAUGAAUAGGUAUUAUUUUAUUAUUCAGUUACAAUGCAGUCAUUUCAGCAAGACAAAGAUGUCCUGACUUGUAGCAUUUGGGCCGAUUUUAACUGGUGUGAAUGGGUUUUGUCUCUAUUGGUACGUGUGCAUUGUGGUGUUAGUGUUUGCAGCAGAGCUUACUGAACAACUUUGUUUCAGUCUGUGCAUGUGAAUGCAAUCCUACAUAUUGAGUCUGAUCCUACAAAGUGCUGAGCAACUCCUGCAAGGUACUGGACACCCUCAACUCCCUUUCAUGUCAGUUGCAGUUGAGAAUACAUAGCCCCCUGAAGGGGUAAGCCCAUUUUUUUUAACACCAUAAAUCUUUCUUUAGGGACUAGACUGGCCUCUUCCUUUAAUUUUCAAGGAGAAAUUAAUAUUUAAAGUUGGUAGGAUUUCAUUACUGAUCAUAAGCAAAGUGAUCCUGUUUAAGCUGGGACGCCAUGAUAGAUUUACUAAAAAAUACAAUAUCCACUAAUGACAUGUAACCCACAAAGUAUACAAAUGUAUUUACAGGCAUUAACUUCCUCCAGGCUCCAGGGGUGCUCAACUCCCCGCUCUGCCCCAGGCCCCACUCCCACACGACCCUUUCCCCCAAACCCCUGCUCCGCCUCUUCCCACCCACAUCCCAGGCACUUCCCCCAUCUCACUCCUUCCCCCAAACCCUGUUCCGCUUCUU